CGGUGUGAACGCGCCUGGAUCUGAUUCACGUUGUAAGGUCUCCCCCUGGUGGCCUAGUGGAGAAUGGGCAGGGAGAUGGGACGGAUCCACCCUUGCGUCUACCCUCUGGUCCUCACAGCCAGCCACAAAAAGUGUGGCAGCCUGAGCCAGGCCAACCUCAAUUGCUCGAGUAGCCUCCCGUCUUCUAGGCUUGGUCAUUCCAUGAACAGAAUGGGGACAAUAUACCCCCAGACCCUCGCCAAGCGCCCCCUGUGCAAAUGGGUGCUUUGCGCAGAUGUGCUCAAGUGAUUCCCACAAAGCCCUACGGGGCAGGAGCUACUGUCAUCUCCGCUUCACAGAGGGGGAAACUGAGGCUCAGAGGGUCACGUGGGAUGCAGAUGCCAGACUGGAAUCCAGGACCCCCCAGUCCUGUCCUGGGCUCCACUAGCCUGGGCUGGCCCCUGGCGUGGGUCCAGCCCCUCCCAACAAACUCGAAGCCACCGCCAGGCAGGGCGGAACCGUGGGUGUCCCUGGCGCCCCAAGGUGCCAAUUAAAUGCUCGUGGCCGUCUGGGGCCAGAGCUGUGGACGGCGGCAUGGCCGAGCCGGGGCCGGAGCCGGGGCGCGCCUGGCGAGUGUUCGCCCUGUGCGGGGCCGCGGUGUUCCUGGCAGCGGUGGCGGCUGGAGCAGCCCUGCUGGCCUGGAAUCUGGCCGCCUCGGCCUCCCGGAGGCCUCGCUGCCCAGAGCCAGGGGCCAACACCACGGCGCCGCCUGGAGACCUGGAGCCCGAGGUCGAGGAACUUCGGCGCCGGCUGGCAGAGGCUGCCCAGCGCGAGGAGGCCCUGACCAGGCAGUUGAACCAGGCCGAGGGUGUCCGACAGGAGCUGGAGGAGGCCCUAAGGGUCUGUGAGGGCCGCCAGAGUCGGCUUCAGACCCAACUGAUGACACUGAAGACUGCGAUGGACGAGGCCAAGGCUCAGGGGACCCAGAUGGGGGCAGAGAACGGGGCGCUGACAGAAGCCCUGGCGCGCUGGGAGGCGGCGGCCACGGAGUCUGCGCAGCGGCUGGACGCGGUGCAGCGGCGCGCGAGCGCGGCGGAGGCCGAGAGUGAAGCCUGCGCAGCCCGGGAGGCGGCGCUGCGCGAGCACGUUUACGCCCUGGAAGCCCAGACGGGCCCCCAGCGCAGAGUGCCACACCCCCGGACCCGCUCCGGGUCCCGACCUCGGCCCAACCCCCGCUCGCGCUCUCGCCCGGGAACCUCCGGGGGUUGCAGGCGACCAGCGCGGCGCGCAAGGGGAUGAGUCAGACCCCAGCUGGAUCAGGGCUCGAGGCCAGGAGGACAGACACUGGGGGCCCUGCUGGGACACUUACAGAGGUACCCACGCUAGAUGAGAUGCUCAGUCGACACCCAUCAACGCUCAGCUUUCGACCGACAGCCGUCCUGAACGGAAACUGUGCAGAAAGAAGACCCGACCCUCUCUCUUUGACCAUCUCGUGCUUAUUUUGCAGAUGGGGAAAUUAAGGUCCAUUUGGUCACAAGGUGAGAUAGUGCAGAGCUGGGACUUAAGUCCCCUCUAAGGACAAGGACAAUGUUGCCCUCAUCGCACAGACGUGAGGACUUAGGGUCCAGCCCUGACCUGGGAGUGACCUGAAGGGGUUACUUCUCCUCUCUGGUCCUCAGUUUACCUUGCCUGUAAAAUGAGUAAUUGGAAUGGUGAGAGCCAGCAUAUCCUUGACACCAAAAGCUGACAAAAGUGGCACAAUAGGAAAACUACAGACCCCUCUCCCUAUGAAGAGGGCACAAAACUCCCAAAUGGAAUUUUAGCAGAGAACCAAGUAACACGUUUUUAAGAUACACCAUAACAAAGUGACUUAUGCCUGAGGUGCAGAGAUGGUUCAAUAUUUGGAAGUCUGGUAAUAAAAUUCGCCAUACUAAAUGGAUCAAAUGAGAAAAAUUCUGGAAAGGUCAUCAAAAUAGCAACAAUUGCAUGUAGGUGAGAUUAUACGGUAUUUGUCUUAGCCUGACUUAUUUCAGUUAACAUAAUAC